AUGGAAAACAAUACAACGACGUAUGUUACCACAGUACAUAGCAAGAUUAUUCUUUCAUCAAUCGUGUUUAAAUUCAUCGCAAUGAUUAUUGGACUUUUGGGAAAUAUCAUAGUUAUAAUUUAUACAACUCUCCUGAUUAAAGAAAAGACAGCGACAUCUUACUUG